GAUCACAGCUGCGUCAAUUGUUUGCGCCAUUUUCUGAUAGUGAGCGACUAACACUUGUCAAAAUCAGUUGACCCGUCAUUGUAAGUGAGGACACUUAACCGUGACAAUGCCAGAGAAAGGUGGAGAUACCUAUAAAACCUUCAAACAGAGGAAAAGUUUCGCGGUGCGGAAAGAAGAAGUAGUGGGCAUUAGAUCAAAGUUUCCUACAAAAGUACCGGUGAUAGUAGAGAGAUACUACAAGGAACAGCAGCUACCUAUGCUGGAUAAAACCAAAUUCCUCGUGCCACAAGAACUCUCCAUGUCACAAUUCGCUUCCAUCAUUAGGAACCGAAUGUCACUGAACUCCAAUCAAGCAUUUUACUUAAUUGUGAACAACAAAAGUAUAUCAAGCAUGUCAAUGACUCUGGCUGAAGUCUAUCGGGAUGAAAAAGAUGAAGAUGGUUUCCUUUACAUGACUUAUGCAUCACAAGAAAUGUUUGGAGGAUGCUGAUGAUAACCCAUGCAAGCUGUGUUGUGAUUGGACAGUGUUCGUCAGGUCAUAUGACCAGAUUUAGGAAGUUGCCAUGGAGACUGCUUUAGAUUUUCAACCAGUGCCAUGGUGACAGACUUAUGAAAAGAGCCAUGAAAGGAUAUAAAAAAUGCGAAACUUUUACAAAUAUUUUCAUAUUCAUUACUUAUGUGAUAAAUGAUUAUGACCAAUGCAUAGAGAUAUAUAAGUAUAUGAUUUUUCACUUUAAAUGCAUGGUUUGGAUAAAAUCAUACUAGACUUUGGUGCAUCUCAUGUAUCGGUAAGCAUUUUUCCAUGAGAAUGAGAUUCAGAUAUCUGCAUACAUGUAGGUACUGUUGAUUCUUUUGAUCAAAUUGUAGACAGAUGUGCUAUAAAUAUGAUGAACACACACUUAAACCAGCUUACUAUAGAUUUGAAUCUCACAAUAUUCAUUUUUUUAUCUAAUAUUGAAAGUAUGAAUAUGUGCACAUUGUCUCUUGAUUGCCUAGAAAUAAAUGCAAUAGGAACUCCAUAGUAUCGUAAUGAAUUACCAUAAUUCAAUUUUGCAAUAUAUCCAACCCAAUACAAUGGAAUAAUGUAAGCAACAGUCUGGUUUGAUGAACCUGUCUUUUGUUAAUUUCAUGGAUGACAUUGUCAUUUUUACUAACAACCAGUUAACAUGGUACCGGUACUGUGAUAAAUGAAUUAAUCAGUAUGGAUCAUCACUUGUAUUUUGUCAGUGAAAAUUGCAAAACUUAAACUAUUAGAGAGACUUUUACAGUAUUUUUUUUUCUUGUAAAAUGCUGGUAAAAUCAAUUUUAGUUGGAUUAGCCAAAUUGCAAUAUCAUACACAUGUACAUGUACUUGCAUCUAUGAUUUUUUUUAAAAUGACUUUAAAACACGUGCAGAUAUAUGUUGUUUAAUCAUUUUUUUCUUUCAAUUCUUUAUGAGUUUCAUAUUAGUACAUUAUAAUGGAUGUUGUGCAAUAAGUUGUGGACCAUAUAGAAAUAAUUAUACAUGUAUAAAUGUAUAUAUUCAUGAAAACAAAAUGGUAAUUAUAUUGAUCAUAAUAAUUAUUCUAUAUUUUUGAUAUUGCUCAGUAUACUAAGAAGUCAAAAUUAAGUCUCAAAUCAUUGUUAAACAUAAAAUUUUAAAACCAUAUGAACUUGCACUGUCUCUUUUAUAUUUGAAACAUCUGCCAAAUCUUAUGUACUCUCAGAGUUACUCUACUGUUUCCUUGACUUGUGAUGAUGAAGAAUUUCAGGCUCAAUUAAUUAUAGAUAUUUGAACUGGCAUUUCCCCUUUUCAAUUUAUUUUGUUGAUAUUUAUUUCCUAUUUAUGUUCUGCCUGCAAUUUUGAUCUUCAUUAUGUUGUCUUUUGUGUUGGAGAAAUUUGGCAUUUGUUUGAAACUUAGGAUAAAGAUCACACAAACACACUUCAUUGUUCAUCAGUAUUUAAAAGUAUAUAUCAAAGAAAAGAGGAUUAUAAAAAUAAUGUUUUAUAAUAUGAUGUCUGAAAAAGGGUAAGAUGUUUUGUUAAUAUGUGUUACUCAAACUAAGUGCUUAAUUUCUUUCAAAUAUUAGCAUUCCAACAAAUGUAUAAGCUCCUUAUGUUAUGGCAUUAUUAUCUUCUUUAUCUAGCAAAAUCAGAGAGUAGAAUUAUUUAUUUUUGUCAGAUGUAUUUAUAUUGAUGACAUAAGAUGAAAUGUUUUCAUUGCAUCAUAUAAUGGCAUGUGUAGUGAAGCCUAUACAACACUGUGCUUGAAUUAUGUCUGUGAUAUCUGUUAAUAUUUUGGCAUUUUCAGUUGUACAUUUGUAAUCUGCCUUUUCGCUGGUUAAAGGUAUUAGUGAUCUAAGAAUAAAAUGUGACUGUUCAAGUAAAAUUUACUGAAAUAAUAAAUAUUAAAUACUUUAUCAAA